CAUCAUAGUAGGGUGGCGGCAGGUGUAGCUUCUUGUCAUCUUCUGUUCAAUAUUUGAGUCCAUGACUGAGGGUUCAUGCCCCCAACUCAGUAGUGAAGACAGAGGAAAGGAGACUUAUCAGGAAUUCAGUGUGCAAGGUGGCGGCUGCUGUACAGGGUGAGUUUGGAGGAGCCGAUUAGCAAGGUUUAGAGGCUACAGAGAGGAGACCAUAACAGUGAAUCAUUGGCUAUAUGAUUAGAGUGGUCUUGACUCUAAACCAAUUGAGAAACGCCUUUUCCUUUUAAUCCCGUCUAGCACAGUGGUUAUCAUAAUUGUUAGCAGACUUGGAAGGUGUAGGAUUUGCAACGGGGAAAAAUAUCAAGUAUUAGAGAUGGCCAGAAACAGAGGCCUAGUUUUAACUAGACCUCAGAGAUCCCAGACCUUUGCUUCUUCCACUUUGGUCCUAGAAACUUUUCAACCACACGGCUGAAGGGACAGUCUUGUUGGUUCCCUAUGUAUCAGAUGCUUUGGUGUUACCUGUCCUUGUUUGUAAUUUCCACCAAACACCCCUCUUUUUCUACUUAGGAUUGAUGGCUGACAUCCUCAUACCCACCAGUGUUCCUAGCAUGUAAGAGUAGUUGGCUGGUUGUCUUGGAAAUAUUCUGAUUCCUAUCUUUGGCCCUAUAACCAUGUAGAAUCCAAAUAAGGGCAAGAUAACCCCUGAUUCCCAGUAGGGAUGGAAAGUAGGUCAGUGCUACUGUCUGGCCAAGUCGGGUAGAUGGUGUUUAAGGCCUGAGUGUGGAACACUCAGCGGUUAUUGUCCAUGGGUGAUGCAUGCGUGACUUAGGUUCCAAGCCAGUGUGUAGAAUCGUAGACCUUGGCAGUGCUCUCUCCUUGUGAGAUUGGGUGCCUGGGAAUCUGACUUGGUGUGGAGGUGAGGAAGGCAGCUUUCACUGGGCCUGUGAGGGGUCUCAGUGAAUUUUGUUGAUUUUAGGCUGUCCUCUGGGGGAAUUUUUCCCAUGGGAAUUCAGCUUCAGUUUGGGUCUUAUAUAUCACUUUGAAUCCUGGAGACUGCUGUGUGUAAAGUGAGUUUUUGUUGGUGUGUAUGUGUGUGUGUUGGGGAGAAGCUUUGCUCUGUUCUUGUGCUUUUUAGUUCAGAAAUGAGGCCAACUUCCCAUGAGGUGUUUUGCUUGCUAUCCUACAGGCAGUUCUAGGGAGCCUAGAAUUUUCUCAGAAUCAGAAUAUGUGCCCAUAGGUUAGUCAGCUAUGACCAUGCAGUAUUCCCAGCCUCCCUCCUCCCCCCUUCCCCGGCCAUCUGCUUCCUCUGAAUAUACCAGAUUGGCUGUACACCAGGAUGUUCCGGGAAUCCCCAGGAGAGCAACAGAAUGUGAUGAACCCAAAUACGAUGCCUCAGUAACUCAUUCCAGGAUGUACAAACUGUAACUGUCAGGACACUCCUUAUAGCUAAUUAAAAAUUUCCUAGUUUCAUCUAUUUUCUUUUGCCUCUAUUUUCAGUGACAUCCAAAAGGCCAAAAUAAUCCCUCUGGCACCACUUUUUUCCCCCUUCCCCCAUGGUUUCCAUUUAAAAAUUCUCAAGCUUUUCUCAAUGCUUUAUUUAUGGCGCUAAAAUGGCAAACGUGACCCCUCUAGCACUUCAUAGCUCUAUCUAUGGUACUGGGGUGGCCAAAGUGGCUUCUCUGGUAGCCCACUGCUCUCUCCAUGGUACUGAAGAAAUGACCAUAUGUUUUAACAUUUUUGGGGUCUAAAAGAGUCUUGGACCUAGAAUUACGACAUGUUCAAGCUGGAACGGACCAAAAUUGUGAAUUAGUCUAACCCUUUUAUUUUACAUAUGUAUACUGAGAGGUUAAGUGAUUGAAAGUUGUAGGGCUGUUCCAUUAAUGGUUAGACUGGGCUUACUAUUCUAAUUCCCCUUUAAUGAAAUAGUGAACCUGGCUAGGCUCUUGGCUGUAAGAAGGGGGUUUAUUGGGAAGAUCUAGAGGAUGAGCAGAUCCCUGAAUUUGGAGCUGCAGAAAUAUACAUAUCUUAAUGGGAGCGGAGGCAAUCUAGUGACCCUAGGACAAGGACAUUUCAUUAAUUAACUUGUUAAAAAUACUCCCAAGCCCAGAUUCUUCAUGUAACAGGUAUUUUUACCUUCAUGGAGUCUAACCACAUUUACUAAAUGUUCAAAAUAAGGCAGCUUUGGACCUCCAGAGCCUUUUCUUUGCUAAGAGGGCAGACUCCUGACCCAGUUCUUUUCUGUUAAAGAUCUGUAAGCAAAGUAAUGCUUGAGUCCUUUUCUUUCUUAGUAACUCAUUUUGGUUUCAUAAUGCCUGUUGUGGGAAGUUCUUUAUAUUUCAAAUACCCUACACAGGCCAAGGCUUGUGCGUGCGGGGGUGGGUGUAGGCCUACAUUAAUUUAGCCUUGACCAUAUACACUAUGUGGGAAGGAAGGUACACUGAACGACUUCUGUCAUUCUCCCAGGCCUGUCUCCAUUCAUUUUAAUUCUGGGCUUGCUUCUAAGUCCAAAAGCUGACCUCUGCUGCUUAGAACCAGGACCCCCGCCCCCAUCCUCUUCCUCUCAGUGCUCUUCUUCCCUAACCCUGGAGCUCUGCACAUUUCAGGCCUAGGGAAUUUUAGCUGGAGAAUUUAACCCUUUCCUGCUCGGAGCAUGUACUGAGCCCUAUCUGUGCAGAUGGCCGGGCCCCGCCCCCCGUCCCUCACUCCAGCCUCUUGAGCUCAGAGCCAGUGUAAUCCUCCUCUUGUGUGAGGAAGCCUCUCCCCUGCAGAGAGGAGGAAAGCCUGCUUCGGAACAGCUCUGGACAAAGGGGCUGAGAUGCCCCAUCAAACUGCAGGCUCCAAGCUCCUCAGCACCUGUUGCCUUCACUAGCAGCUUUUCCUCCUCUUUCCCGCACUCCCCAGAACCAAAGAAUGUGAAGGGGGUCCAUGGAGGGCUCACGACCCCGUGUCCCCUGCGGCCACUUAGCGCCCUCACCACCUGCCUUCGACGGCGAACUGGAUUUGCAGCGCUACUCUAACGGGCCAGGCGUGAGCGCGGGGCCGCCCGGGAUGGGAGCGGUGGGCUGGCCUGACAGCCGUGCAGGCGAUCGGCGUUUCCCCUGCCCUGUGUGCGGGAAGCGCUUCCGCUUCAACUCCAUCCUGGCCUUGCACCUGCGAGCGCACCCCGGGGCCCAGGCCUUCCAGUGCCCACACUGCGGCCACCGCGCAGCGCAGCGGGCUCUGCUGCGCUCACACCUGAGAACGCACCAGCCACAGCCUGAGCGCCCCCGCAGCCCCGCGGCGCGCCUGCUGCUGGAGCUGGAGGAGCGCGCCCUGCUGCGCGAGGCCCGCUUGGGGCGCGCACGGAGCGCGGGCGGCAUGCAGGGUGCUCCUGCCGCCGAGGGCCUCGCCCGGCCUCAGGUUCCUUCGUCGUCUGCCUUCCAUUGCCCUUUCUGCAAAGGCAAGUUUCGCACCUCCGCAGAGCGUGAACGACACCUGCACAUCCUGCACAGGCCCUGGAAGUGCAGUCUGUGCAGUUUCGGCUCCAGCCAGGAAGAGGAGCUGCUGCACCACAGCCUGACGGUGCAUGGGGCUUCUGAGCGCCCCCUGGCGGCCACCUCUGUGGCGCCCCAGCCUCAGCCUCCACCACAACCCGAACCCAGAUCGGUUCCCCAGCCAGAACCAGAGCCGCCAGAACGUGAGGCCACCCCUGCCCCGGCUCCUGCAGUUCCAGAGGAGCCCCCUGCACCUCCGGAGUUCCGUUGCCAAGUGUGUGGCCAGAGCUUCACGCAGUCCUGGUUUCUCAAGGGCCACAUGCGCAAGCACAAGGCCUCCUUUGAUCACGCGUGUCCCGUGUGUGGCCGCUGUUUCAAGGAGCCCUGGUUCCUUAAGAACCACAUGAAGGUGCACGCCAGCAAGCUGGGCCCUCUGCGCACCCCGGGGCCUGGCUCAGGGCCUGCCCGGGCGCCCCAGCCUCCUGACCUGGGUCUGCUGGCCUAUGAGCCACUGGGGCCUGCACUCCUCUUGGGCCCAACACCUGCCGCAGCGGAGCGCCGUGAGCCCCCGAGUCUUUUGGGCUAUCUGAGCCUCCGAGCUGGCGAAGCCCGGCCCAAUGGGGAGGGCGCAGAGCCUGGAGCUGGCCGCAGCUUUGGAGGAUUCCGUCCACUGCCAUCCACUCUCCCGGCCCGGGCUCGCCGGCACCGCGCAGAAGAGCCGGAGGAGGAGGAGGAGACGGCUGUGGUUGAAGCUGAGGAGGAAAACUGGACCAGGGGCAGGUCACUGGGCCCUCUGGCUUCCCUGCACCCACGUCCUGGUGAAGGCACAGGGCACACUGCGCCUGCUGUUGGGGCACAGGCAAGAUCUACGGCCACGCAGGAAGAAAACGGUCUGUUGGUUGGAGGAACCCGACCUGAAGGGGGCCGGGGUGCCACUGGCAAGGAUUGUCCCUUCUGUGGAAAAUCUUUCCGCUCUGCACAUCACCUCAAAGUACACCUUCGCGUGCACACAGGUGAGCGCCCCUACAAGUGCCCACAUUGUGACUACGCGGGCACCCAGUCCGGCUCACUCAAGUAUCAUCUGCAGCGUCACCACCGUGAGCAGAGGAGCAGUGCAGGCCCAGGGCCACCCCCUGAGCCGCCACCCCCUUCCCAGCGGGGUUCAGGCUCACUGUCUGGAGCUAAGUCAGCUCAGCAGCCUACUACUACCUGGGUGGAGGGCACCACAAGCCCCCGGGCCACCAGUAGUACUGGUCCGGGUUCCCGUCGGAAGCCUGCCAGCCCCGGGAGGACCCUGCGCAAUGGGCGAGGUGGUGAGGCUGAGCCCCUGGACCUGUCCCUACGGGCAGGACCAGGAGGUGAGGCUGGGCCAGGGGGUGCCCUCCACCGCUGCCUUUUCUGCCCCUUUGCCACUGGAGCCCCUGAGCUUAUGGCUUUGCACCUGCAGGUGCACCACAGCCGCCGGGCUCGAGGUCGCCGGCAGCCCCAGGCUGAUGCAUCUCCCCCAUAUACUCGAGCACCAUCAGGAGAGACCCCUCCCAGUCCUCCUGUGGAAGGCGAGGAGGGCCCUGGGUUAAGAUCGGGAGAGGCAGGACUGGGGGGUCAGGAGCGGUAGGGAACCCUCUUAGGGGUGAUUAGCUAAGUUAGUGAGCUUUCCUGCAGGAGCAGGAAAGCGCUAGAGGUAGUUGGGUAGAGCAGCCAGCAGGGGGCAGCGUGGGACCCACAACCCAGCCCAAGGCCGACCAGAGGCCGAGGGGCGGCAGCGGGCAAAGGAGGGUGGGCAGACAGUUCCUACCCAGCCCACAGGAGUCACAGUGCCUUAGAAGUGGCAGAGGUAAGGGUCAAAGAACGGGGUCCCAGGGCUGGCAGAGGGGGUUAUGUCCGUCGAGGAACCACUCUGCCAGUUUUUGCUGGUCCAUAGGCCUGAGAGUUUAUUUUUGUACAAGGGGGUGGGGGUGGGGGGCACUGUACCCUUCUAGCCCCAUCAGGGGCCCUGUAGACGUUGCUAUUUUUGGUACGAUUCCUGUCAUCCCUGUUGCAGUCGUGUCCCCAAUAAACAGGUGUCU